CGCCCGCCGGCAGCGCCCUAGGUCCCUGCCCGGCGGCGCACCCCGCCCGCGCCCGCCCCCGGCCGGGGUGCCAGCAACACCCGCUCCCGUCACUGGGGCAGGAGGCGGGGCCGGCGCCGUAUAAGAAGGGGCCGAGCGGGCGGCUCACUCCCAGGUCCAGAGACGCGCUGCCCCGUCCCGCCUCCCGCUCCGCGCCCCGGCGUCGCCCGCGCCCGCAGCGGAGACAGCGCCGCGCCGUCCCCGGGGGCCCAGCCGAGCCGUGCCGCCGGCGGGGAGAGCGGCAAAAGCAGCAGCGGCGGCGGCGGCUCCUCCCACCUGCCCGGCGCGGAGGCUGGAGCCGCGAGCGGCGGCGCGGAGCAGCGGCUGGUGCCCGCGGCCGGGAGCCCCCUCGCCGCGCCCCCGCGGCGCCGCUGCCCGCUCGCCCAUGAGCGCCGCGGCGCUGUACAGCCUGGACUCGCCGGCAUGCUAUAAGAGCUGGUGCCUGGAGCCCGCCAACUUCUACGACGCCAAGGUUGGCAGCGGUGGCGGGCUGAGCCCCGCCUGCAAGCCGGUCGCCGCCGGCCGCGCCGGCUGCAGCAUGAGCGCCGAGGAGCCGGCGGGCGGCCUGGGCGGCGGCGGCAGCAACCUGGCCGAGCUGAGCGCCGCCGCGCCCGCCAUGUACGAGGACGAGAGCGCCAUCGACUUCAGCUCCUACAUUGACUCCAUGUCGGCCGUGCCCAACCUGGAGCUGUGCAACGACGAGCUCUUCGCCGACCUCUUCAACAGCAACCACAAGCCUGAGCGGGGCGGGGACUACGGCGACUACCUGCCGCCGGGCGGCGGCGCCGGCCGCGACCCCGCCAAGGACCUCGGCGCUGCCAUGACCACCCUGCUGGGCGCCGAGCCCCGCACCGCCUCCUCCUCCUCCUCCUCUUCCUCCUCCUCCUCCUCCUCCUCCCGUGGCGCCCUGAAGCAGGAGCCGGACUGGAGCGACAGCGACCUCUCGUCCUCGCUGCUGCCCUCGCAGAUCGCCACCUGCGCCCAGACCAUCAUGAACCUGAGCGGGCAGCCCACGCCGCCCACCUCCCCCGAGCCGCCGGGCAGCAGCUCGCCCUCCAGCUGCAGCGCCCGCUCGCCGCCGCCCGCCGCCGCGCCGCCGCCCCCCGGCGGCAAGGAGCGCGGCGGCAAGAAGUGCGUGGACAGGUUUAGCCCCGAGUACCGGCAGCGCCGGGAGCGCAACAACAUCGCCGUGCGCAAGAGCCGCGACAAGGCGAAGCGGCGCAACCAGGAGAUGCAGCAGAAGCUGCUGGAGCUGUCGGCCGAGAACGAGAAGCUGCACAAGAAGAUCGAGCAGCUCACCCGGGACUUAACCAGCCUCCGGCACUUCUUCAAGCAGCUGCCCAGCGCCUCCUUCCUGCAGCCCGCCUCGGGCACCGACUGCCGGUAACCGGGGGGGAGCGGGACGCGAGAGACGGACUGCAUGACACGGUGACAAAUACCUCAGAGGGCCGCGCCGGGCCGCCCGCGUCGGGCCGCGGCAGCGCAGCGCAGGGCAGCGCAGGGCGCGCGGGGGGGCGAAGCCACCGGACCGCGCCAGCCCGCCGGGGCGCAGCACCCUCCCCAGCGCCGUGGCGAGAGGGGCGAUGCCCGCGUCUUUCACCACGAAACUUGCAACAGCAGCAACAACGGGAAAAGAAAAAAGCUAAAUAUCUGUUGUCGUUUUUUUCUCCCCUUAAAUUAUUUUUGUAAUGGUAGUUUUUUUGUCUCUUUUCUACAUCUUACUCAUACUGAUGCAGCUAUGGUACAUUUGUUAAAAUGAUUCAGAAACCCAUGUAUUUUAGACAGUAGGAUGAAAAAGACUGAGCAUGCUCGACCUUUUAUAUCAAUUUUUACAGCAUUUCUAAAAAUAAAAAAAAGCAUUUUAAAUCGA